AUGGGGCAUAAGACUUUGCAAAGGAGGCUGAACCUCGAAGGGGACGUCGAAGGUUACAGUAGACAGGCAGGGGUUGGAGAAGGGGUUUCCGGAAGGAAGAAGGACGUGGGCGAUGAUAGAGCUGUCUGGGAGGACACGACAGAGCCAGGGGAAGAGAAGUAUGGGAGCUGUUUGUCCAUCCGAGGCCCAGAGUCCGUGAGAGGCCUGGAACGAGGCUCGCUGACUGUGCAAUGUCGCUAUGACCCAGGGUGGGAGGCCAACGGCAAGUGGUGGUGUCGGGGACCGUUCUGGAGUCUCUGCCAGAUCCUCGUCCAGACCACACAGUCAGCGCAAGAGAUGGAUGAAGGCCGGGUGUCCAUCAGGGACAAUCAGAAGGACCGCUUGAUCACGGUGACCAUGAAGGAGCUCAAGCGAGAUGACCAAGACACCUACUGGUGUGGGAUUAGUAGGGUUGGAACGGACCGUGGGGUGUCCAUUAAAGUGAUCAUUGUCCCAGAGGGGACAGUUCUGCCCACCGCGGAAAACCUGCUGUCUGGGACAACCAACGGCCACAGAAACAUGUCUUCCGGCCCCUCUUCCGGCUCCCACAUCAGGACCCACUACGUGCUCCUGGUGUUCGUGAAGGUGCCCAUCUUGCUCAUCUUGGUUGGUGCUGUCCUCUGGUUGAAGAGCCCCCGAGUGACCCCCAAAGAGCACUUGGAACAGCCUAUCUAUAAAAACUUGUCCUCCGACUUGACCAAAGAUACAAUCCCUUAGACAGACAGAUGAAAAGACACUUCCGACCCUGGCCCCCACUUCCGGAGGGGACACGGAGCGUGGAAGGAACAGUUCUGAGGCCUCAGGAUGCAGUGACUGCGGCUGGGAGCUCAGGGGCUGGCCGGGCAUCCUCCCUGCUCCGCACAACUGGAGGACAUGACCCUCCUGAGGCAGCGCUGCCUGAAAUGCUCCCGCUCCUUCAGGUAGAAAGCAGCCCACCCCACCCCGCCAGAGCUGGAGCCCGGGUUAGGAUGGUGGUGUCCCCCCUGUUGGAGGACAUCUGGGCGCAGAGCUGGGGACCGACAGAAGCACAGAGAAAAGCA